UUGAAAUCAGAUUUUCUUCUUCAGAUCACCAGCUCCUCGGACUCGGAGGCCGUGACUCGGCAGAAGCUGGUGAAAGGCCACGCCUACUCUGUGACAGGUGCAGAUCAGGUGGAGUAUCGUGGCAACACGGAGAGGCUGAUCCGGAUCAGGAACCCGUGGGGUCAGGUGGAGUGGACCGGAGCCUGGAGCGACAGCUCGCGUCAGUGGCGUGAGAUCAGCGACGAGGACCGGGAACGCCUGAGUCUCUGUGCUGAGGACGGAGAGUUCUGGAUGUCUUUCUCUGACUUCCUGUCACAUUACUCCCGGCUGGAGAUCUGCAACCUGACGCCCGACGCUCUGAGCGACGACUCUGUCUCCAAGUGGGCUCUGACUAAGUUCGAUAGCAGCUGGAGGAGAGGAUCCACAGCCGGAGGGUGCAGGAACUUCCCCGAUACAUUCUGGAUCAACCCUAACUUUGUGAUCAAGCUGGACGAGGAGGACGACGACCCGGACGACGGAGAGUCCGGCUGCAGCUUCGUGGUGGGUCUGAUCCAGAAGAACCGCAGGCGCAUGAGGAAGAUGGGCGAGGACAUGCAAACCAUGGGGUUCGCCAUCUACGAGGUUCCUGACGAGUGCCGCGGUCAGAGGAACGUCCGGCUGAGGAAGAACUUCUUCCUGCGCCACGCCUCGGCCGCCCGCUCCGAGACCUUCGUUAACCUGCGGGAGGUCAGCAACCGCUUCGUGCUGCCGCCGGGAGAGUACCUGAUCGUCCCGUCCACCUUCGAACCGCACAAGAACGGAGACUUCUGCGUCCGGGUGUUCUCGGAGAAACAAGCCGAGUUCCAAGAGCUGGACGACCCCAUCGAGAACAGAAUGGAGAAGGUGAGACUACUUCCUGUUCUUGAUUCUCGAUAUGUUAUAGUCAUAUAUCCAGGACAACAGGCAG